AUGUCGGCCUCGACGUCCCCGCUCCUGGACGACUCCAAGGUAGUCUAAUUUUAAUUAUAGGGUUUGUAAACAAUGGCACAAGUGUCUUUCACAUUACUUAAUUCAUAUUAGUUUGGUCUAAAAGUAGGUAGAAUCGUAAAAUAGUCACCAUAUUUGGUGAUGUUUCUAUCUACUUUUUGACCAAACAACUAGUAUACACCAUAAUCAUAUUUUCAGUUUUAUAUCUUACUAAAGGUUGAUUUAAGGUACCCAAAAGCGAAGCUAUAGAAGACUCACCUCCUGAGGGCGUGGUAAAGCCGCUAUGUCAAAAUUGUGGAUCUUCGUUUUCAAAUUUAAACGAAUUUAUAGGUAAUAUUUGAAUGAACUUUUAUUAGUUUUUGCAUUAAAUUUAAUCUUGUUUGUUACAAACGUAAUAUAAUUAUGCAUACUAAAGCAAACACUUACAGAUCACAUGAGAUCUACGCAUCUAAAGCCUUAUAAUCCCGAGAAAAAGUGCAAAUUCUGUGAUCAGAUAUUCACUGAUAAUCAGGUGAGAACAGUACUAAUCAGUACCAACAUACUCUUUUUACUACUUUGUAUCGAUGCCAAAUGUGUAACCUAUUUUCUGAUAAAGAACGAUACUAUAAAAUAACCAUCGAAUUAUAUGCAAGAACGUUGAUUCCAGGAGCGACUGAUUCACUUGAGCGAACAUUUCAUAAACACAAAGGCCGAAUUCAGUUGUCACAAGUGUGACAAGAAGUUUGUGAAUUCAGUCUCAUUCAAGCAACACUUUGCCGUUACACAUACGGACGUCAUCUUCAGAUGCCAGAUCUGUUUGAUGACGUUCACCGACCAGAACUUGUACCAAGUAAGUUGUUAUAUUACCAACUUAUUUUCGUAUAAGUUGGGUCAACAUGUUCUCCAUCUCAUAUAACAAAAUAAUUUGAAUGUUAGAAGCUAUAAGUUUGUAGUGCCCAAAAGAAACAAAAAUGAUAUAAUUAAAACAAAUUUAGGACCAUCUUGUGAUACACAUGAACACCAUAAUGAUAUUCAACUGCACGGUCUGUGGUGUCAACGUGCAGACUCAAGACAUAUUCGUGACCCAUGUUCAGAUGUUUCACGACAAAGACCUACCCCUACCUUUACAUCAAACUUCACCUGCUGAAAAGCCUAUUGUAGUAAGUAAUUUUAACUUAAAAAAAGAUGAAAAGACGACACAAAACCUAUAAAUCACAAUAAAUGUUGAUAUUAAACACUAAAAUUGUGCCAAACUGAAGCCCAAUAGUGACUUUCUUUUAGCGGAAUCUGAAGUGUUUUGUGUGCGAUCAGAGGUUCGGAGACGACAUUGAGUUAGACAUCCACCGCCUUCUAGACCACUGCAAAGUCCCCAAGGGCAACAGAUGUGCCGUCUGUCGCGUGCAAUUAAACGACGUCAACGACUUCUUAAACCAUUCCAAGAAUCACUCAAAAGACCCCACCGAAGUCAGUUGUGCAAUAUGCAAGUGAGUACCUACAAUGUCUAUACCUAUACAUUAAAAAUGGAUGUGAACAAAUUGGUGGAUCAUAAAGUCCCUAUACAUUAAGAAUAUAAUGUUCUAAACUAUAAUUUCAGACAAAUGGUAAGAAACUCUGAAAGUCUCCGACGUCAUGGAGAAUAUCAUCUUGAAAAGGUAACAAACUUAACAAUAUUACUCCAUUAAUUUUCUCUCAAAUAAAUUGCAAACAAAUUAAUAGAUCCAACUAACUUUCAGGAAACACAAAUCACUCCAGAAUCCGACAAAACAGACGAGAACAAGGCUACAGAAGAUGAAAUCAUCUGUCACUGCGGCCAAAAGUUCGAAGACACUCAAGAUCUACAAACACAUUCACUCGAACAUCUACAACAAGUUACUGCCGAACAUCUAUUUGGUCUACAUAAACAAAUGUGAGUGCUACAAAUUUUAGGUAACACAUUUCGCUUCUCUAACUUUAGAUAAUAUUUUUACUUUAAUAUAAAAACUAUUUUGGAUAUUUUAACCAAGAAAAGUCAAAUAUGCCAUAUUUUAAAUUAUAAGACAAUAUUGUAUACCUUCGAUAAAUAAUCAGUUUACCUUCCAGAGGUCCCUUCGUAUGUCCGAAAUGUCCAAAAAUAUUCCCAUCGAUGAGUGCUUUGCAAGGUAAUCGACAAAAUAUAAAUCAAAACACCUAUUUUGUUAAAUUAUCUUUUUGUUGAAAAAUGUAGCUACACGUAGUGAAACAUAACGCCAAAAAUGCCAAGUUCCCCAAUUUUCAAAUCUUUGUUUGGAAAAUUUCCGUAAAAUUAAUUUUUGGUAAUAAAAUAACAUUUUUCUGGUAUUACAGGACAUUCUCACGUUCAUGUGAAGCGAAGAUAUCCCUGUGACAAGUGUAAACAAUGCUUUUCUACCACGGUAAGAUUGGCUGCCCAUAAGAAACGACACCUGGGAGAGAAAGACGUCAAGUGUCAGAUUUGUGACCAGUAUUUUGAAAGGUAGGUUAUAUUGUAGUAGUUAAUUGUCUGUAAGUCAACUUACAAUUAAAAAGGUAUUCUAUCAAAAUUUUAGAUGUUUACUGUAAACAUUAACUGCCUCUGGCAGCCAGAAGCUAGUGCAUAAAGUGUUUGACCAUUUUCGGCGUAUUUUCGAAAGAAAAUAAUCUUAAAAUAUUGUUUUUCAAACAAAUUUAAACAUAGUUCUCUCUAGAAUGGCAACAACUUGUUUCAGAAGUGAAAUGUUGUCGAAUCACAUGAAAGUUCACGAGAUGAACUUGCAGUUGGCUCCGGUUUCCCAAUAA